AUGACCAUCACUUCAAGCUUUCUAUGUUUGUUGAUCCUUCUUUUGUUUUGCCUCUCGUGUGGAUAUUCCCUUCAUGGAGAUAAGAAUGAAAAGUCAAGUGUUAACGUUGUUUCAAAUGCAAAGCAUGUUGAUGGUUAUGAUGCAAUGAAGAAGGCGCAAGUACAAGGAGGAAGUGGCGAAGAGUUUAGUAAGGAAACGACAAAGAUGAAGAUAAAUCCGAAGAAGCCAAUAGAGAAGGAGACAGGUGUUGAGGAAGAGGAUGAUCUCGUUGCCUACACUGCUGAUUACUGGAAACCAAGGCACCAUCCUCCCAAAAACAACUGACGAGAUUUAUCUUAUAUUUAUAUAAAAG